AUGCCCGGGGAGGUGCCGCCGCCGGCGCCCCGGGGGCUGCGGAGCCUCCCGCUGCUGCUGCUGCUGCUGCUCAGCGCCCGCGCCGCGCUGGCUCAGCGCUGGCGCAAUGAGAACUACGAGCGGCCCGUGGACCUGGAGGGCUCGGGGGACGACGACCCCUUUGGAGAGGAUGAGCUGGACGACAUCUACUCCGGCUCUGGCUCGGGGUAUUUCGAGCCGGAGCCGGGGCUGGACACAGCCGUGAGCCUGACCACGGACACACUGGUGACACUGCCCACCACGGCAGCCGUGCUGCCCGUCACCGCCGCCCAGCCCGUGGCAACGCCCCUGGAGCCAUCCCCCACCCCCCAGGACACCACCCCCGGGCAGGCCACCAGCGCCUUCCUCAUCCCCAGGACCACAGAAGCACCGGUGGUGCCCAGCUGGAAAGCCACCACCAGCAGCACCAUGGCCAGUGAGCCCCCAACCACCACGGCCACCACCACGGCCACCACCACCACCACCACCACGGCCACCACCACAGCCGCCACCACCACCACAGCUGCCACCACCACCACCACGGAGGCCACCACGACCACAAGCAGCACCACCGUGGCCACAGCCAAGCCCACCACCAUCCGGAGGUUCCUGCCCCCCUUGGCCACCAAGGCGGCCACUACCCGGGCCACCACCCUGGAGACGCCCACCACGCCCGUCCCCAAAACCAGCACGCCAACAGAGGUGGCCACGUCACGCCUUGUCCCCACCAGCACGGCCAGGCCCAGGGCGCUGCCAAAGCCCAGCACCUCGAGGACUGCAGAGCUCCCCGAGAAAAGCACGGCCUUGCCACCCACGGCCACCACGCUGCCGCCCACAGAGGCCCCCCAGAUGGAGCCAGGGGAGGUGACAACAGCCCCCGACAAGGAGCCGGAGGUGCCGGCCAGCAGCGGCCCCAGUGGGGACUUCGAGAUCCGGGAGGAGGAGGAGACGACUCGUCCCGACCUCGGGAACGAGGUGGUGGCUGUGGUGACACGGCCGGCGGGGCCGGGGCCUGGCAGGAACGUGGAGACGGGGCUGAUGGACAACACGAUAGACUCGGGCAACUCGGCUGCUCAGCUGCCCCAGAAAAACAUCCUGGAGAGGAAGGAGGUGUUGAUAGCGGUGAUCGUGGGUGGCGUGGUGGGCGCCCUUUUCGCCGCCUUCCUGGUGAUGCUGCUCAUCUACCGCAUGAAGAAGAAGGACGAGGGCAGCUACACCCUGGAGGAGCCCAAGCAGGCCAACGUCACCUACCAGAAGCCCGACAAGCAGGAGGAGUUCUACGCGUAGACCGAGAGCCCGGAGUGCCUCACGCUUCCUCCCUCCCUCCCUCCCUGCUCCAAACCCUCCCCUCCUCUCCUCCAUCCAGUCUCUCUCCCUCCUCCCUCCUCUCUCUCUUUUUUUGGGAUCAGACUGUGAAUUUUUAAAAGCAAAACCCGCAGCGGCUGAAGGAGGAAACGCGUCCUUGGCAUGGGGGGCACGGGGUGCCCGGAGCAGCAGUGUCACAAUGAGCACUGCCAAGGUGACACCGAGCAUUGCUGCGGUCACACCGAGCACCCCACUGGGGCCGGGGUGACACUGAGCAUCGCUGAGGUGACACCGAGCACUGCAGCAGUCACAUGGAGUGUGCCCAGGUCACAUGGAGCAGUGCCCAUGUCACAUCAAGCAGCGCCGUGGUCACACCGAGCAGCGCCAAGGUGACACCGAGCAGUGCCGCGGUCACACUAAGCAGUGCCAAGGUGACACUGAGCACCCUGAAGUGACACCGAGCAGUGCCGCGGUCACACUGAGCACCCUGAGGUGACACUGAGCAGUGCCACGGUCACACCGAGCACCCUGAGGUGACACCGAGCAGUGCCAUGGUCACACUGAGCGUGCUGCGGUCACACUGAGCACCCCAAGGUGACACCGAGCAGUGCCAUGGUCACACCAAGAGUGCCGCGGUCACACUGAGGACCUUGAGGUGACACCGAGUGCGCCGCGGUCACACCGAGCACCCCAAGGUGACACCAAGCGUGCCGUGAUCACACCGAGCACCCCGAGGUGACACCAAGCAGUGCCAUGGUCACAACAAGAGUGCCGCGGUCACACUGAGCACCCCAAGGUGACACCAAGCGCGCCGUGAUCACACCGAGGACCUUGAGGUGACACCCGAGCACCCCGAGGUGACACCGAGCACCGCUGGCCUUUCUGCUGGCGGGAGGGACGGGACAUGGAGCCAAUGCCAAGGAGCCGAUGCCAGGGCAGCCGUGCCCAGGAAUGCCCUGGAGAGCACGGGACGGGCUGCCCACGGCGCCUGGAGCUGAUCUGGACUUUUCCCACCACCACCACCACCAGGAACUCUGGGAUUCAGGCACCUCCUGCCAGCCCUGGGGCGCAGGGGGUUUGCUUUGGAUUUAUUCCCCUUUUGUUUCCGUCCAUAAAGGAAGGAGAUUUCCUUCCCUCUGUCUCGUCUUUAUUUUUCGGUUUUCCUUUGGAAUGGGGUUGGUCGCUCUGCAGGAAUCCCCUUCUGCUGGAAGAGAGAACGUGACUCUCCAAUGCUCCUGGAACCUUGGGAAAAGCACAAAGGGCUGGAAUACCUGGGAUUCGCUCCUGGAGUGGGGAAAAAGGAAAUAAAUACAAAUGCUGGGAAUGAUCCCUUUGGAUCAACAUUCCGCAAAGCUUGUGGAGCUGCAUUGGGGCAUCCCAGGCUGCUGCCAUCCGGCCACCCCUGGAAUCUCUUGGAUCCACAUCUGGCUGAGGGGUUUGGCCAGGAAGGGACUUGGGCUGGGUUUUCACUGUGACCACUAAAGCUCGGCUUUGCUGGACAUUCCUCAGGGAGGAGCUGGGAAUGGAGAAGCUGAAUCCUGUCCCUGGCUCUUCCAGAGGGGAUAACAGAGCUCUGCAAGGCGUGGGAUGCAGCCUAAGGGAGGAAAUCCGAGCAGGGACCAUCCCUGUCCCCUCAGGGUCCGGCAGGGAUCCCACCAAGGUGAGGAAGGGGAGGCAGAACCCCGGCUCAGCCCCAGGGCUGGUUGGAUCAUUGGAAAGAUCCCAAAAUCGAUGGAAACACCCAGGAUUGAUGGUUUUCCUUCAUUGUCAUUUAAUUCCAGCACAACCCACAGGGCUGGAGAGAACCCGAUCCUGACACCCCCCAGGUGCCCCUCCAAGGCUGCCCAGGGUGCAGAUUAAUUAAUUAAGAUGUUUCAAUUAAGGCAUUUCAAUGAGGUGGCUCUUAAUUAGCUGGAGCCGUGUUUGUGGGGUUGUGUUGUCACAAUGGUCGUGAUCUCGAUGGGGUCCCCUGGAGACUUUUGGUUUGCUCUUGGAACAAUUUGAAUGGGAAAAUCUGUGGGGAAAAUCGUUGCUUUGUGAAUUAACAGAGCCAGGGACACUUUGGCCCCGGAGGGGGUUGGGGGAUUUGGGGUUUCUUGGCCCUGGUGGGGGUUACAAGACAGAAGAGCUUCAUUGUGGAGGGGAUUGGAGGCCAGGAGAAUAUUGUGAAUAUAUCUAAAUACAUAUCUCCACUCCUGUACAGCCACAGUAACACAGGUGUGGAAGGAAAUGAAAUCCCUGGAAUUUCUCGGUGCACUGGGAUGCUUGGGUGGGAUUUGGAGUUGGGAAGUUGGGAGCUUUGGGCUGCUUUUCCCUGGGAUACAACCCAAAAUGACAACCUGGCUUUACUUUGGGAUAGGGAACAGAGCCCCACGCGUGGGUCGGCUCUAAAUCCUCAUUUUUGAGCUGUCAGCCUCAAAAUCCUCGUGGUUUAGGUUCUCAGAGCUUGGAGAAGACCCUGCUGGAUGUUUGGGGUGGUGGUGCUGGGAGUGACCAUUUCUGUGUCCAUCCCAGAGGGAGGAUGAGGAUGAGGAUGCUCCAAAGGAGGGAACACAUUCGGAAGGAGCCUGGUGCCAACCCAGAACCACUUUGUGCUGCUCCAGAGGGAGUCUGGACUCCUGGAUUUGAUGAUUUGGAAGAUUUUGGCCCUGUUGGGAUCACACAAAGGGGAGUGGCACAAGUCAAGGUCACCAAGGUCACCCAAAAUCCCCAUCUUUUGGGAAAACCUGGAUUUAAUCUUUGGAGCUUGCUCAAGAAAAAUAAUAAUAAUAAAAAAAAAAAUCCCUCCCAGCUUAAUCUUUUUAAUGCUGCUUUUCAGAGCUGCCUCCUUAAUCUUCUUCAUUCCAUUUUUUCCUCCUAUUUAAUAGUCUGAAGUUCCAUAAUACAAUUUUUUUUUACUCACUCAAGCUUAACCUCGUCCCUCUCAGCUGGUGUUAGGUUGUAAUCCCGGCACUUAAAUCCAUCACAGCUUCAGGAGCAAGGGAAGCUGGAGGUGGGAGGUGAGAGGAGCCUGGGCAGGGCUUCUGCAGUAAUUAAAAAGGUGAAGGCAAUUCAACUGCUAAUCAGAAGUGAUUAAAUAAUUCAUUGUUUAUCUCCUGCUUCCACUUUUUUGCUCUCCACCUGGAGAGGGAUGUGAGCUCCAGGAGAAUUUUUGGGGUUUGGAGCCAACGUUGUGUGGUUGUGUAAUGAGGUCACAGCCUCUUGUGUCACCUCAGCUCCACGGGGGCUGUUGGAGUUGAUGCCUGAAGGGGAUAAAAGGUCUCGUGCUGGAAAAUGUGACCCUGUGCCUCCCUCCAAGGAGUUGGGAUGGAGCUGAAUAUGGGCAGGAAUUUUUGGGGAAGACCAUCUCCCCAAAAAAUCCUGGGUAAAGCCAUUUCUCCAUGAGCAGAGCCACGGGGGUGGAUAAAACCCGAGGGUCGGUGCCUGGUGCAGGUGGUGUCACUCCUGCCCCGGGGCUUUCCUGGGAUUCCUGGUGGGAACACAGAUGGGGAAGAGGAGAGGAGGCUCCACACAGGAGCAGCCGUCCCCCAGAGCAGAUUUUGGGGAAAAUUCACUCAAGUGGAAGUGUCUCUGGCAUCUUCCCUUCCCAAAGCCGGGUCUGGCAUUGUUCCUCUGCCCGAAUUCCCAUCCCUCACUCUGAUCCCAGCCAGGAGCAGCUGGAGCGGUGCCCAGAUGUGCUGGUCCUUCCAGCUGCGCUCCCUGAGGGAAUUUUCCAUGGCUUUUCCUUUUCUUUUCUGCCUGUUCCCGUGUGUGUGUGAUGUGCUGGAGCUGCAGGGAGAACCUUGGCUGUUCCAGCUGGAUAAUUUUAGAGUUUCUGGCAUUGCAGGGUGGUUUGGGCUGCUCUGCCAGCUGUGCCAGCCUUGGGGCUCUCCCUGCUGGAACUGCAGCAGGAGAAUGAUGGAGAAUAUCCAGCAGGAGAACAGCCAGGAACUCCUAGGCCACAUCCAAAGGGAAGGGAAGAGCAGAGAGCCCAAUCCAGGGCUGGAAUGGGGAGUUUGGGAAGGGCAGGACAUGGAAGGGGCCCAGCAGCAGCAGGACCCGGCCCUGGGUGGGUUUUGCAGGGCUUGGAGUUGUCCCUUAGCUCCAAAAGUCUCUCUGAUUUUGGACAUUUCCAUGAAAAGCACCAGGUGCCUGUUGGGAUGGAGCUGUUCCUUAGCUCCAAAAACCUCUCUGAUUUUGGACUUUUCCAGAAUGAGCCAUGCUGGGAGGAUCCAGCUGCAGGGAAGGGGAUGGGGCAGGGAUGGCUCGGGCUGGGUGACUGCCAGGAUGUGCUGGUUUGCCUCAAAUUUCCCCUCUCCCUCCCCCAUUUCCCCGGCAAUCCCUGUCCGGAGCUCCUUUGCCUCAUCUCCAGCUCCAGCAUUCCGAGCUCUGUGCUGGGAAUCCCCAGCUCAGUUCCUUCCACAGGAACAAACCCACCAGCCAAGAACUGGAAUGGAUUUUUGAAUUCCCUUUUUUCUCCCGUAACCACCCUUGUCAUGAUCUUUUCCGUGCUCCAAGGUUUUCUGCCAGGCUCUGAAGUAGCUCUGAGCUUUCAAUCCAGGAAGGUUUGGUGGGAAUGAGGUCCCUGGGAUGCCCAGGAGCGGGGCUGGGGCUGGGGGUGUCUCUGUGUGUGUAUAUAAUGUGUGUAUGUAAUUAAUGUAUAUGUAGAGAUGUAUAGAUGGGCACAGGGCUGGGGGGCUCUGCUCCUGAGGGGGAAAAGGGGGAGGAAAAAGAGGAAAAGGAGGAAAAGGAGGAGGAAAAGGAGGAUAAAAAGGAGGAAAAGGAAGAUGAAAAAGAGGAAAAGGAGGAGGAUUUGUCCUCUAGCACCACAUGCUGAGCUCUGCAGCCCUUGGCCCCUCUCCCAAGGAAUGUGGGAUUCAGCCUCCACCCCUGUCCUAAAUGAUUCAGGAUUCCCCGUCAUUCCCUCUCCUAAAGGAUUUAGGAUUCAGCCCUGGCCCCAUUUCCAAGGGAUGCAGGAUUCCCUGUCCUAAAGGAUGUGGGAUUCCCCAACAUUCCCUGUCCCAAGGGAUGCAGGAUUCCCUGCCCAAGGAAUGUGGGAUUUCCUGUCCCAAGGAAUGUGGGAUUCAGCCUCAACCCUUGUCCUAAAAGAUUCGGGAUUCCCCCUCAUUCCCUGUCCCAAGGGAUUCAGGAUUCAGACUUGGCCCAGCUCCCAAGGGAUGCAGGAUUUCCUGUCCCAAAUGGUGUGGGGCUCCCCCUCACUCCCUGUCCCAAGGGAUGCAGGAUUCCACCUCUCCAAUUCCUGCUGCUCCUCCCUCCCCUCCCUGCCCUUCACAUCCCUCCGAUCCCAAUCCUGAUACCAGUCCCAAUCCCGAUCCCAUUCCCAGUCCCGAUCCCAGUCCCAGUCCCAGUCCCGAUCCCAGUCCCAGUCCCGAUCCCAAUCCCAGUCCCAGUCCAGACCCCAGUCUCAAUCCCAGUCCCAGUCCUGAUCCCAGUCCCAGUCCCGAUCCCAGUCCCAGUCCUGAUCCCAGUCCCAGUCCAGACCCCAGUCUCAAUCCUGAUCCCAGUCCCGAUCCCAGUCCUAGUCCAGACCCCAGUCUCAAUCCCAGUCCCAGUCCUGAUCCCAGUCCCAGUCCCGAUCCCAGUCCCAGUCCAGACCCCAGUCUCAUUCCCAGUCGAGUCCCAGUCCCGAUCCCAGUCCCGAUCCCGAUCCCAGUCCCAGUCCAGACCCCAGUCUCAAUCCCAGUCCCAGUCCCGAUCCCAGUCCCAGUCCCGAUCCCAGUCCUGAUCCCAUCCCAGUCCCAGUCCCGAUCCCAGUCCCAGUCCAGACCCCAGUCUCAAUCCCAAUCCCAGUCCUGGUCUCGGUGGGUUGGGAUCCCCCAGGUGGCACCGGGAGCCUUUUGCUGCUGCAGGGCCGGAGCAGAUCCGGGCUGGGAUGCCGGGAUGGAUCCAAAGCCCUGCGAGCUCCUCAGCCUGCCCAGUCCUUGUGCCAGCAGCUUCCCCUUCUCCCAGAGGAGCCUCAGAGGGUCUGCAGAUCCCAACUUUUCAUUUCUAUGUUUAUUUCCAUUAUUUUGAUUUUUGGGUAAAAAUCUUCUGAUUUUUUCACACCCCUGACUCCAGCACUUCUCCCAAGACCUCCAGGGCUCCAGGGGUUUUUCCUGCAGGAAUUCCCCCCGUUCAGGGUCCCCCCUGGCCGAAGUCACCCCAGCCCAGCUGACAAUCAAACCAGACUCCCGAAAAACAGGAAUCCAUUGCAGUUUGAUAGAAAAACUUUUUAAAAUCCCCCCCCUUCUCUCUCACCACCUCAUCUCCAGGAUAAACCAUCACCCACUGCUCCUCCUGUAAAUAAACAUCAAACCUUCUUGUAUAAAUUAAAAAUAAAAUAAUUGUAAAAAAAAGACAAAAAAAAAAAAAUUCCAUUGAUAAACAUCCCAGAAGUAAAAUUUAAAAAAAUCUCCCUUUCCAGAAGAUUGAAGUAAUUCCAACUUCACCUUUUUUUGGAGCUGAAUUCCGACCCCCAUAGGAGAACAAAACAAAGAUCUGGAACACUGCAAAUGUUGGAGCUUUCAAUGAAUCCGGGAGGGAAAAAAAUGCAUGUAAAUAUUUUUAAUAGGAGACAUAUCUUAAACAGAACUUUCUUUUGUAUGUACAUAACUCUCCUAGAGUUUAGUACUGAAAUGGCUUCAUAGUGUCUGUUUCAAAAGGAAAGGAAAAGAAAAUGUUUGUUAAUUGUUUUUGUUCUUUCUCAAUGGCCAAAACUUUAAAAAUAAUGACAAAAAAAAAAAAAAAGACUCUAAAAAUAAUCUUUGCCAAUGGAUCUAGCACUGUAAUGGUACUGUCUAUUUUUUUUAAUUAUUUCUGUGCUGUGCCCAUUUAUAAAAUGAGGAAAAGAUAAAAAAUAAAGUCAUUUAAACAUUG